CGCAACGUAGUGUUUGAAAGUUAAACAUAUAAAAAGAAAUUUUUAGAUACUCAUAAGCUCUCGUUUUUUAUUUUUUAAUUGUUGUGAUUAAAUUAGUAAUAAUGAAAAUAUUAUUACGAUCGGGUAUCGCGAGGGCUUUCGGAGUCAGAAACUUAAGCACUAAACCAAAGUUUGGUUUAUUAUUUGACAUCGAUGGAGUUAUAGUACGUGGUAAAAAUGUUUUACCACCAGUUGUAGAAUCCUUUAAAAAACUUAGAGGAGAGGAUGGCAAAUUUCGUGUUCCUACUGUCUUUGUUACAAACAGUGGAAAUGCUUUACGUAGUCAAAAAGCAGCCGAUUUAUCCAAAUGGAUUGGAUUUGAAAUAUCAGAAUCACAAGUUAUCUUAGCUCAUUCUCCAUUGCAAAUGUUUCAUGACCUUCAUGACAAGCAUGUUCUUAUAUCAGGACAAGGUCCAGUCAGAGAAAUAGCCAAAGAGUUGGGUUUUAAGAAAACUAUGACGAUCGAAGAACUCGUGAAAAAUUUUCCAAGUUUGGAUUAUGUCAAUAUGUUAAAGAGAAAUCCACAGUGUGGACCAAUAGAUUCUAAUUUUCCAAAAAUAGAAGGUAUCCUGUUAUUCAGUGAACCAAUAUCUUGGGAAACUCCGUUGCAACUCAUAGUGGAUCUUUUAAUGACUAAUGGAAUGCCAAGUAAAUUGCCCAGUGACAUUCCAUAUCCACACAUUCCAGUUUUGGCAUGUAAUAUGGAUUUAUUAUGGGUAUCAGAAGCACCAAUUCCUAGGUAUGGCCAUGGUGCUUUUCUAUUGUGUCUCGAACAACUGUACAAAAAAGUAACAGGAAAAGAAUUAUUGUAUACUGCUCUAGUUGGAAAACCUAAUGAAAUUACAUAUUAUCACGCAAGCCAUAUGCUGAUAGAACAUGCUAAAAGCAUUGGAAUAGAACAUGAUAUUAAAACCAUUUAUGCCAUUGGAGAUAACAUUAAUACAGAUAUUUUUGGUGCAAAUCUUUAUGAUAAGUAUUUAUCUCAUUAUGAAGCUGGUGAAGGUACUAAAUCUCGUAGCUUAGAAAGAUUGUUAGGAAAAAAUAUGAAAGGACCUAGUGCGAAAGCUUGUAUUAGUAUUUUAGUUGAAACUGGUGUACAUCAACGAAAUUCGCAAUUUAUAACGGAACAUAGUCCUAGAGAUUUUUUACCCAUAGAGGAUGGCUUAUGUAAACCAGCUUUUAUUGUUGAUCAUGUUGGUGAUGCGAUUGACCUUGUAUUUAAAGAGGAAAAAUUUGAUUGAAGUAAUUUGUUUCAUUAUCUCUAUCUUCCAAUUAAAGAUUUGAUGAUACAAAAACUAAUGUAUUGGUGAUAUAAUUAAUACAUUAGUUCAUAAUUAGAUAAUACAAGUCCUUUUCAAAGGCAAUGUUCCAAAGCAAUAUAAAUUUGUUAAGAGAAAAAGGCUAAGGGUACAUAGAUUCAAUAUUUACCAUGAUUUCUUAAGUGUCUUUUGAUAUUUUUUAGCUAUUGUACCCGAAAAGAAAAAAGAUAAAGAUGACUACUUUAAUUGACUGAAAUUACUAUCAAGUCAAUACAUUCAUUAUAUCACAAGAUCUAUAAUUCCAUGCAAAAGGUACUAAAUAAAUAAACAUUAGAGACACUAUAAUUUCUAGAUAAAAAAUUGCAAAUUCUAUUGAUUUAUAUAAUUCAUAAAUAUAGUAGGAAUGCACUUCAUGACUAGCAUAUAAGUCUAAGAAUAUAUGAUCUGUACAAAAAUAUGUUUUGCGCACACUCAAUUAAGUUACAGUUACUGAAUUGUAGUCCUCUAAUUAUAAUCAGUAACAAAUAUGAUAUAUUUGUACUAAUUUUAUUUUAACUUAACUAGGAGAUUUAAUUUAUGCUCAUUAUAUGCCAAAUGCUCAUCAAUCUUUCAAUAAUCAGAGUUGUUAUAAUUAUGUAUAAAAUUGAUUCGAAUAUCAUUGAGUACAAGCUUUAUCAAAAUGAAAUUAUGCAAGUUAUGUAGUUGUAUGUAGUGCAUCAUUAAUAGGUAAAAAGAAGUUGGACUUCACAUUUAUAUAAACUGUAGUAUGUAUUGCUAAAAUGGCAUUAAACCAAUCUAGUCUUACUGAACAGCUUUUAUGUUGUUUUUAACAUUAUUGUAAAAUAAUGGGCAUUCUAGUAUUCAUAAUUUCUAUGAAAUACAGAUUUUAAUAUACGUUACAUCACUAUCAAACGAUUGAAAAACUGUUAUACAUUGUUGCAGAUAACUGUAUUAUUGUUGCUAUUAGAAAAGUUGAGAGAAAAAAGAGGCAAAUUGUUUUUUCUUAUUUCAUAAUUUUUCAUAAAACAUAUACACGCAUGUGCGUAUUUUAGAGUUCUUGGUUUUACUAUAAAAAUAGCAAGUUUAUUAAAUAUAAAUCGUACAUUAUAACUUGCUUAACAGAACAUAUAAAUUCGUAUAUAACGUUAAAGUAUGUUUCAAAAAAUGAAAAUUAUUUUAGUAGAAUCAGUAAUAUGUAUUAAAGUUAAUAAUUCAUUUUUUCAUCUUGCUAUUAUGAUCGGUACACAUAAAAAGUUUCUUUAAGAAGUCCAAUCUAUAUAAUAAUGUAUUAUGAAUGAAAAAUCUUACUAGCGAACAUAUGUGAAGAGUUAACGAUAUGCAUAGAACAUUAUGGUUCAAUAAAAGAUAUUUUCUUUUUAGCUAGAUCUCUUGAUUUAUAAAAAUUUCUCUCGAUAGAACCUGUGACUUUUAUGGAACAAAUUAGAAUGUAUUUUAGUAAA